AUGGAUCGGGCGCAACCAUUUAUUAAGAAAUGUAUACUUGUGAAGUCCUUCACAGAUCCUUCUAAACCAAUAGAUGAAAAGCGGUUGCUGGAUACUUUAUUACUUCAGCCGACAGAUGGAGGCCUCAGCAGACAUCUUAAGAAACGGAAAGCAAACCUAUUGAAGGUUGAUGGCUCUUCAAUGCAGGUAAAGCAUGAUAAUUAUCGAAAUAUCAACAAAAAUUCGAAGGUCGCCUUAAGAGCUUUUAUUAACGGUGCUCGGAUGGCCGCCGCACAAGCGAAGAAGAUUGCCAGCGAUAAAAAGCUCAAGACUCGCAAAGAGCUGAAUGACUAUCUACGAGAGCAUCAUCUGGAUAUAUACAAUUCACUGCCGAGGUAUGAGCAGUAUGAGCCAAUGUACACUGACUUAUGGUGCAAGUACAUGCAGGAGUUGCUCGACUUGGGCGACGGCAAGGCAAAGGCGAAGCCUACUGAGCAAGCGGCUCUUCAGAAACUCUCUAUGGCAGACUACAAUGGCUGCCUGCUAAAUGUGAGCAAAAGUCGUAACACGAAUAUGGUAGGCGUGGGUGGAAUUGUGCUCUGGGAUGCACAGAAGAGCUUUGUGGUCGUUUGCAAGGGCAGACUAGUUGACACAUUAAAACUCCUGCCGAAAAAAGGCAGUGUUUUCACCUUCGAAGUGCCGGUCGAGGGCAGUGACCCUCUGCCAUAUAGCAUUAUCGGGGACCGGUUUAACUACCGAAGCGCGGACCGCGCUGGGCGCAAGUUUAAGAGUCGCUGCUGCGACGACUUGCUGUACUACAUCGACGACGACACUCUGUAG